AUGCAGCGGUCCACGCACACCGAGACCGGCAAUCAAGAUGUCUAUAGCAUCUUCACUCCCAACCAGAAACUUGCCAUCGUCCUGGUGGCCAGCGUGGCGGCUUUCAUAUCACCAGCCUCAGCGUAUGUGUACCUACCUGCUAUGGCUGCCAUGGGCGAGGAUCUGGGUGCCUCUCCAAAUAGUAUGAAUUGGAGCAUCACGACCUACAUAAUCUUUCAAGGCAUUGCCCCCUCGUUUAUGAGCAGUCUCACGGAGUCCCAGGGCCGACGCCCGGUGUACAUCUUGUGCCUGCUCGUAUACCUGGCAGCAAACAUCGGGUUGGUGCUUCAGAGGAGCUAUGCGGGACUCCUGAUCCUGCGAUGUCUCCAGAGCACCGGCAGCAGUGCCAUGGUCCUGUUAGGCACGUCCGUUAUCGCGGACGUGUCGACGACGGCAGAACGGGGCAAAUACUACUCCAUCGGGUACACUGCCACCUUCUUGGGCCCGGCAGUGGCACCGGUCCUAGGUGGCGUGCUCACACAAUAUCUCGGCUGGCGAUCGGUGUUCGUGUUCCUAAUCAUCGUCGCUGGGGCUGUACUUGUCGUGAUACUGUUGUUCUACCCGGAAACCUCACGUCAGAUUGUGGGCAACGGGUCCCAGACUCCCCAGCCGUGGAAUGUUCCGGCAUGGCAACUCGCUACCCGAGCUGUAGGGGAAAAGAAAUAUAGUCAACAGCAGCCCGAAGAGCCAAAAGCCGCGGUAUCGAGAGGUACGAAGUUGUCUAAUCCCUUGAGGUCACUACUCCUUCUCUUUGACAAGCACACGGGCUUCAUCCUCUUCUACACCGGGCUCGCCUAUGCAGCAUUCAACUUCGUCAUCUCGGGACUGCAGGCGCUACUCGUGGAAAUCUACGGCCUGAACGAGCUGCAGGUCGGGCUUAGCUACAUCCCGAUAGGCGUGGGGGCCAUGCUCUCGGCCGCGGUGCUCAGCCGCCUAGUCGACUGGAACUACCGCCGCCUCGCUGCAGAGCACGAGUUCCCUGUCACCUACACACGGCAGCUGAAGCUUGGCAGCUUCCCCAUCGAGAAGGCACGGCUGCAGAUCGCCUUGCCGAUGGCGUGGGCAGCCAGCGCGGCGGUGCUGGCCUACGGGUGGGUCCUGCACCGAGGCGUGCACCUGGCGGGUCCUCUUGCGCUGCUGGUGGUGAUAGGCUUCUCCAACACUGGGACUGUGAACGUCAUGACCACCCUGGCCAUGGAUGUCUACCCAAGACACAAGACGACGGUCUCGAGCGUCGCCGCAGCGACGAAUCUGGCCAAGUGCAUGUUCGGUGCUGCUGCAUCGGCGUUCGUCUUGCCUUUGAUAGAGGCAGUAGGGACUGGGUGGGCGCAUACGUUGAUGGGGCUUGUUUGGGCCUUCGCUAGUCUUCUGCUCAUCCUACCUAUCUUGAAGGGACCGACGUGGAGAGUGCAGGAAGAGGGAGAAGGAGGACAGAGGGAAAUAACGGUGAAUGAGAAGUGA